AUGACGACACAGGCUACUAUUAUCCCUAGUUGCCCCGAGGCUCCUGUCAAAUCCUCAGCAUGGAAGUAUGGCUCUUAUGGAGGACCUGAUAAUUUGCACAAUGCGAGUUCGAUAAUCGCAAUGGUGCAAGAGGGGUACCGGCUGGUCAAGCUGUCAGAGCAUCAAGUGCUCGUCGAGUUUGAAGAUGGGUCGAGCGAGAACCCGUCUAACUGGCAGUUUACCCGAAAAUUGUACAUCGCCAUUGUGGCACUGCUUCUAGUUCUCAGCGGUGGAAUAACGUCCUCCUUGCCCAGUAACUCCGUCGAAUCCACGAUGCGAGACUAUAACGUGAAAGGUGACAUGAACAAAGUCCUACCGACGGCUGUGUUUCUUAUCGGAUACAUGGUUGGGCCCAUCGUGUUCAGUCCACUCAGUGAGACCAUCGGACGGAAACCUGUUCUUCUCUGGACAUAUAGUCUGUUCGUUCUCGGGUCGCUAGGAACGGCUUUGGCCCCGGACUGGCGCUCGAUGCUGGUAUUCCGAUGGAUCUGCGGGACUGCAGGGUCGGCGCCGCAGACGGUGGUUGGAGGUGUGUACGCUGAUUUGUUCGCGGAUCCGAGGAUGCGAGGACGCAUGAUGGCCGCAUACAUGUCUGCAACGAGUUUUGGCCCUAUCCUUGGGCCGAUCAUUUCAGGCUGCGUGCUUCCGGAUGACUGGCGCUGGUGCUAUCGGCUUGUGACCGUAUUUUAUGGAUGCGUGUGGAUUGCGCUGAUGUUUAUUUCCGGUGAGCCGUUUCCAUGUGUCUUCUAUGGGAUUGCGCUGACGAAUACUGAAGAGACGUUCGGGCCCUAUAUCAUGAAGAAGGAAGCAAUGCGUCUACGAAAGGAAUCCAAUUCGAAAGACUAUGUCACUCGACAGGAGUUGAACUCCACCGGCUUCAAGGACGAAGCACUUCAAAUCUUGACGCGACCCCUUACGAUGCUGAUCUUUGAGCCUGUCGUGUUGUUUAGUUCCAUCUAUCUUGCCUACGCAUAUGGGUUGAUCUUCUUCUCUUUCCAGGCCUAUCCCAUUGUGUUUGAAGGUAUCCACACUGCAACCUCAAACAUAGGAUUGACAAUGAUAUCCAUAUUGACUCGUUCUCUAGUCGGCAUCGGCGCAUCGUCAUCGGGCUUCUUCACCCUCUUCUACGAUACAGUCUACGAAAAAGCCAAAUCAAAAGGCCGAGCCUGGACCUCACGGGCCGAGUUCCAACGCCUCCCAACAGGAUGCAUCGGCGGCCCGUGCCUCACCAUCGGGCUGUUCUGGCUGGGAUGGAGCGCCCAGCCGCACGUCCACUGGAUCGCGCCCGUGCUCUCGGGCGUGUUCUUCGGCUUCGGUUACCAGAUCAUUUUCAUCUCCCUGCAGACAUAUAUCGCUGAUGUGUACAGGAUUUAUUCUGCAAGUGCACUGGCAGCGUCGGUGGUCACGAGGAGUCUCGUCGGCGCGCUGCUGCCGCUGGCGGCGGACCCGCUGUACGAGGCGCUCGGGGUGGGAUGGGGUACGUCGGUGGUUGGGUUUGCGAGCCUGGCGUGCAUUCCGAUUCCGUUCGGGUUUUUGUAUUUUGGCCCGUGGAUGAGGAAGAAGAGUCCGUUUUGUCGGCGGUUGGCGGAGAGGGGGAUGGGGAUGUAA